AUGUCUCAGCAAACCGUGUACUGCCCCAUCUGCGAGGCCCCCGCGGUCGAAAUCUGCCACAGCGAGCACCUGGUCGAGGCCAAGCCCUCGACCGUGAGCAGCCCCGAGCUCUCCGCAGCGCUAUUCGAGUCGUUCACGACCUUCACCGACACCCUCCAAUGCGAUACAUUCGACGAGAACCUGCAGCCCCUCACGCUAUGCAGGCAAACGGAAGCCGAGUUCCGCGCGCAGAUGGACGAGGUCUGCCAGUUCAUCGACCUGAACCCGGCGUUCGACCUGGAUUUCGAGGAUGCCGUGGCCGCCCAGGCUGGUGCACGUCCGGACACAGCACCCAUGGUAUCUGAGUCUGGCGUCGUGAUUGCACCUCCGUAUGAUCGUGGUCUUGAUCCUUCGCCGGAAUUCUCACCUAUCACUCCUUCGAAUUCGCCUCAGUUCUCAUCUGCCUCUCUGCCUGUCCCUCCCCCUGCCCCUGCCCCUGCCCCUGCACCUCGAUCCGCUCCCUCCCCCAAGGGGAACGAGGUCCCCGCGCGCCUCCCGCAGCGCAGGAGCGUCCGCUUCAACCGAGCCGUCACAGACAAAGACAGUGCGGGGUAUAUCGACGAGGUCAACAAGAUGCAGAUCCGCGCCUGGCAGGCACAGAAGGACAUUGAGGCCUCUGUGGCCACGCUUAAGCUGAAGGGCGAGCGUGCCAAGAUGUGCGAUAGGGCGCUUAACACGGUGCGAGGGAAGGUCCAACAGUGGGAGCAGGAGAAGGAGGCCGGGAAGGUUGAUCUGAAGGAGGGGAAGGAGAUUAUCCUCAACUUGGAGAAGUUUGUGGCCAACAUGAAGUGGGAUUUGGCGAGGAGGGAUUGGAAGGGGUAA